AAACCUCUGGGCCAUCUAUCCCCCCACCUUCUAUAUCAACAAUCCGGCCACCCCCGGCUUCCGAGCUCCUUCUCCGGCUAUUUUUGAGGCAAUAUAUCCUUUUUAUUUGCAUAAUCCGGCCAUCUAUCCCCCAUCCUCCUUAUCAACAAUCCUAUUUGUUUGUCCCACGUUUUCCGACAUCCCGACCUCCAUUUUCAGACGCGGUACUAGAGGCGAACCAGUUUUCCGGCGAACCAGCUUUCCGGCGAACGAAUUUUCCGGCGACCCAGUUUUUCCGGUUUUCCGACUACUCAUUUUUCCGGUGAACCAGUUGUCAGACGAGAUUAAAAUGGCUGCCCUUCACGGCGGAGAUGGUGGCAAUGACCCUCCAAAUUGGGGGUGGAAUCCCGAAUGGGGCUGUAGGCGUACGGGUGGUAUUAGCACAGGGAGAGCUGCCGCUGUUAACAAUGAUCUGGAGCGGGAGUUUCAGAAUUCCGGACGCCGUAUAUCUCUUAUGCUUAAUAACGAUCUUAGUAGGUGGCAGGCCAUCGGGGACCACGCCAAAUGGUACAAGAGCUAUUUGGGGACCUAUGUCGCUACCGUCCCACAUUUUUACGAGUCGUGGGAGCAGGUGCCCCAGCCCAUCAAGGAAGGACUUACUGACUGGCUUCUGAGACGGUUCUACUUGGAACCCUAUCUAGAUCACCCAGAAACUCACCCCUUACGAGAGGCCGUGACUAAGAUGAUUCGUCAAGAUGCCCUGAAGAACUACAGGGACAAAAAAUCAAAAUUUAAGAAGACUUGGUUCACCGACAGGGGUGGGUCACAGAGACUGGCAGAAUUGGAGGGUCAACCGCCGUUUGGAAUGCCUCCAGAGGUUUGGAGUUAUCUACUGGGUUACUGGACCAGCCAGCACCGGAUGAUUGUUGCCCAAAGAAACACGAAUAAUAGGCAUGGACAAGAUAAUCUUGUCAGUACUCACGGUCGGCAGUCAUACGCUCAGCGUGAAUGGCGUUACGCUGAAGAUAAUGAGGGGCGACGUGAGGACCCACCUGAGUUCUAUUUGAGGGCCCACACCAGACGAGAUGGGACGGUGCACGACGCAGCUAUGCCCAUUUAUGACCGGCUUGUUGAUACCCACCAUAGACUUUCCCAAUUGCCUAACACCCCGCCUACGCAGACAUUUGUGGACGCUUUAGGGACCCGAUCGGGACAUACUCGUGCGGUUGGGCGUGUCGUUAGGGGAACACGAGGACUGAAUGUCCCCCUCCCAGUGGAUAUAGAGGAACCUCUCCCAGCCCAGCAGUCGUCGUCCUAUAACGAGAAUGAUAUGUUCGCCCCGAUGAGCCCUUGGAGCCAGGCAUCAAUCCAGGCCAGGCCUAGCACGUCAUCAUCCCAGGCCGGGCCUAGCACGUCAUCAUCCCAGGCUGGGCCUAGCACGUUACUGGCCCACACACAGCGGUUGGGUACUGAUAGUGAUAGUGAUAGUGAUAAUGAUUAGUUUUUAUUUUUUACGAACUUGUUGGUUUAUGUUUGUAUUCAUGGUUUAACUGAAGUUGCGGCGACGUCGCCGCUAAUAGUGCCACGUGGCACCUAGGGAUUCACACCCAGUCUCUGAAUCGCCGCAAAUGGUGCCACGUGGCACCUAGGGACUCACACCCAGUCUCUGGAUAAGGUGCAUCGGAUUCCUAUUUAAACCAUCCGGCCACAUUGCAUGUUCUCUGCACAUUUCUUUCAUUUACCCUAUUUAAACCAUCUGUCGAUCA